GGCGGUCCCACAUCCCAUGCUCUUUUGUGAGAAGAAAAAUAUGUGAUCGUUUACAAAUCUCUUUGAUAUUUGAGCUUUACAGAUUAGAAGCUUCCUAUAGCUGCCACGUAAUCCCAAAAACACGUAACCCCAGCAUCUUCCUCUGUUCUCUUUGCCCCCACAAUCAUUAUUUUGCUUGGCCGCAAGUGGUGGGAGAUUCAGAUCUAUCACGUUUUCCCGUUGCCUCAGCUAAAUACAGCCUUACCUUCCCUUUCACACUUCACUUCCUGCAUCUCCUCAUUUGGGAAAGAAACCUUCACUGAAAGUUUUCAUUUUUUUUGUUUUGAUCAAAACUUGAAAACCCUGAUUGAGAUUCGAAGUUAAGUUUAUCAAAGAAUGUGACGCGGUGUGGUUAAAGAUCGAGUAUUGGGAGAUGUUUCCUGGGGGGGAAAUGGAUCGAGUUCUGUUUCAAGUGAAGUCACGAAAAAGGGUUCCAAUGAAGGUGUGGUUAACUGCUCAAAGAUCAAUGGGUCUCCUCGUGGGUGGAAAUCACACAUCCUCCAGGUUUUGCACUCGCUAAAUUUGUUCUUCUUGUUCCCGUUGGCUUCAAUUUCUCUUGAUUUCUUCAUUUUAGUUUAUUAAAAAGAAAACAACCCUCUCCUUUUGAUAUUGGAUCUUUCUCCCUGCUACUUGAAAACACCAUGGAUUUUAAGACCUUUAAGUCGAUCAUAUUUCGUGGAUCUUUUGGGAGGCGUGUCCUUUUACGCGCUUUCAUGCUUGCUGCUGCUUUAUCGAUUGUUCCUUUGCUGCAAAUCAUCUCUGGGGCCGAUCCAGAUAUCUUGUAUACCCUUUCUACCUCAGCAGGUUGUGCCAUUGGACCUCGUUCUUCAAGCUCGAUUAUGUUCCCAGGCAACUUUUGGUUCUCCAAACUUUGGGGUUCAUUUGGAUCGGUUCAAUGUGAGCAAAACAUGAACUUGACGACCAGCGUGGUUAAAGAGCUUAUGGGAAAGCAAAUGUUGAGUUACACUGCAAAAGCUCUUUGUAUCGGUGAAGACGCAGUGUCGGCUGUUAUGGCAUUGAGAGACUUGGGAUUCUCUGAUGUUACAGGGGUUUACAGGCACCCCUUUUUCUCUCUCAAGCACAAGAGAUUUGUUUAUGAGCUCGAUUACGUUGACAAUUCUUAUGAUUUUGUCAUCUCUAGGGACCUGGAUAAGGUUUCGGCCCCUGCUAUUCUCGUGCUUGAGAUUGAACGUGUUCUUAAGCCCGGUGGAAUAGGGUCCAUGCUUGUUGGUCCUAGUGGUUCAGAACCUACUAACUUGAUCCGGUCUGCUACUCCGGUUUCAUCCUUACUGAAAGCUUCCACUGUUGUUCAUGUGGAUUAUGUGGAUAACUUUACGUUGAUUGUAUUCAAGAAGAAACUCGAAAACACCACUUACUUUGAGCAGUAUCAGCUUCCGGCCGAUUGCCCGACUAUGGCUAAUUCCAAAGAUAUAAUGGGUAACAUUGAGCCUCUUUCGGAGGAGAAACUGGUUGGGUUUGGAAGAAGUAUUGCUUAUUUGCCUGAGUUCGUUAACAUAUCUGAUAAGCAACGUUUGGUGUAUAUUGAUAUUGGAGCAGGUGAGCAUUUGAACUCCAAUGUUACAGAUUGGUUCUUGCCGUCAUAUCCUGUGGAUCGGAAGGCCUUUGAUGUUUAUUUCGUCGAUCAUAAUACUUCUGUGAUGCUAUCCUAUGUCAACAAGCCUGGUAUCAACUUUGUUUACUACCCGGGCCUUGCCGGAAAUAGAGUUUCAACCAGUCCUGGAAAUAAGGUUUCCACUGAUGUCGAUAUUAUUGAUGAUUCAGAUCCGUUUGUUGAAGAUGAAGGAUUCAACUUCCUUCUCUGGAUUAAAGAAACUGUCCAGCAUGCAGACUUUGUGGUUCUGAAGAUGAAUGCAGGAGCAAUGGAAUUGAAAAUACUCUCGGACUUGUUUGAAAGUGGAACCAUAUGCUUCAUCGAUGAGCUUUUUCUACACUGUUCGGACCGAAUCGAAAAUGGUGGAGUGGUGAAGGGAGACUGCAUGGAUCUCUUCAAGGCCCUUAGAAGAUCUGGUGUUUAUGUCCAUCAAUGGUGGGGAGAUUAGAGACACCACCAUUAACAUAGUGGAACUCUGUCCGUCUUUAGAUAUCCGUCUUGUUUUUUUC